AUGUCUCUCAAAGGGAAAGUUGCCAUUGUGACGGGCGCUGCUCGAGGGAUCGGUGCGGGCAUCGUGCGGGCCCUUGCCAAAGAAGGUGCAAGUGUCGCCUUCAAUUAUGUCACUCCGUCAUCUGAGUCAGCUGGUGUCAGUCUGGUCGAGGAAGUGAAGAGUUUAGGCUCUCGCGCAGUAUGUGUGAGGGUUGACAUGGCUUCUUUGGAUGCACCGAAAGACCUGCUUAAUGCCAGCUUGAAAGAAUUCCAGACGGAUAAGAUCGACAUCUUGAUCAACAACGCGGGUCUGGGUGGAAAUGCGCCUCUUGAAGAAGUCACUGUUGAGGACUAUGACCGUCUGAUGACCGUCAACGUCAGGGCUGUCAUCUUCAUGACACAAGCUGUUUUGCCACAUAUAAACCGCGGAGGACGCAUAGUCAAUCUUUCGUCGAUUUCCUCCAGGGGAGGCUACAGCACACAGUCAGUGUACGCUGCGUCGAAGGCGGCCGUUGAAGGAUUGACCCGUGUCUGGGCUACAGAGCUAGGCCACAAAUAUGGAGUUACUGUCAACUGUGUGAAUCCGGGCCCUGUUGAUACAGAUAUGUACCGCGCAGCAGGACCUGUUCAUCUCGCUAGAAUGGAAGAGCAGAACAAGAAAGUUCCAGCAGAGCCUCGCUGCGGCACCGAACAGGAUAUCGCGGACAUAGUUGUUUUCUUGUGCGAGGAGAGAUCAAGAUGGGUCACUGGUGACACUGUUUGCGCGAAUGGCGGCAUGUUGUAUUUGUAA